AUGUGGCUGUGAGUGGAUUGAAGCAGAGAGCAGAAGGAACAAACUUUUGGCUCCAUUGGAGGACAGGGAGUUCUUCACCUGUUGUGUGGUGGAGCAAGAAAAAAUGGAGAAAAUGGGAGGAAUUCUCUUGCAGCAUCACCAAAUCUCUCCAAAUUAUCUCGCAAAGGCUGCCUUCCCAGGAUCAUUUGCUCUCCACAAAGUUGCAGACUUUGCAAAUGGGAUUCUGCUUUGUCCUCCACGGAAUAGCUUCUCAUGCUCAUCGUUGGGGAGCAUCAGGUCAGAAGCAAAUGGAUCUCCGUUGCCAAGAACGGUUAAUAGGCGUAGCAAAGAAGAGCUCAUUGAGUUCUUCAAAAGCAUCCAGACCUCCAUUGCCGAGGAAUCGCCAAGAACUUCGAGGAGGACGAGGAAGCAAUCAUCUGACCCGUUCGAAGAGGUUGAGAGGAGGAAGCAGUCAUACGGCAUAGCUGAUGUUUCGGAGGAACAUGCAGAUGGGGAGCCAAAGGCGCUGGAUCUGAAUGAUAUGAAGGUGGCUGAGCUGAGAGAAUUGGCGAGGGCGAGAAGGAUGAAAGGUUACUCGAGGCUGAAGAAGAGUGAGCUGAUUGAUCGUCUGAAGGGUGUCUGAUUGUCAAGUCCUGGCCAAGACCAAGAAUCACGCAGUUGCAGUCUUGCAGAUAACCAGGCUACUACCAGCAACUUUGCUGACAGUGACUGAAUUGUUAUAGCAGUUUUUACAGCAAUCUCUGACUUUCUAAGAGUACCUCUUGAGUUUUUGUUCACUCUGAAACCCUCUUUCACUUGUUGAAAGCUGUAGAAAUGUAGAAUACAUGUAAUGCACCUUCUUAUGGUCAGCCCCUGUCUAUGAUAAGUUUUUUUUAAGGCCAUCUGUUGCAUUGAAA